GCAUUGCCAGUCCUUAGCGUCAUGGUGUGAGUGAACAGUAUAUGUCAGGCAGUUCGUUCAGGUGGCGUAAAGCAUCACAGCGUAGAGGGGGAAAAAGAUCCUGGCUUGGUGUAGCGCGAGACGGCAGGGUCAGCUCGAGCACAAUGGUGGCGGCGGACAGCAGGCGGUGUGUGGGCGGGGGAAGCUGACGACGCCCAAGUAGUGGAAUAACAGCAACAGCAUCGGCGGCAGCGCCAGUAACAGCAGUAGCAGGUGUGGCAGCAGGACAAGUGACUGACGGCGCAGCAGUCAUGGAGUCAGUCAAGGUUGUGACGCCCCACAAACUGUCCGUCAUGGUCAGAAGCAGGGCCGACAAGGCCCUCAUCAUCGACAGCCGCACCUUCUGUGAGUUCAACACCUCGCAUAUUCUCAACUCUAUCAACGUGUGGUCUUCAAAGAUAAGGAAAAAGAGACUGCAACAAGAUUCAAUCUCAGUGCACGACUACCUACAGCAGGCGUGCCACGUCUCCGGCCUGCACGACGGUCUGGACAUCAUCGUCUACGACCAGAACGCCCCUUCGCUCUCCGCCGUUCCCCAGGAUUCGUUUCUGCACGUUCUUCUUAACAAACUCGGUCGCGCCUUCCCUUCUGUUUACCUCCUGGCUGGCGGGUUCCUAGAGUUCCAGGCGAGAUUCCCGGAGCUGUGUGAGGACUCCAGCAAGAAGUGCACGCCCCUCACCACCCAGUCUCAGCCGUGCCUCCCCGUCUCCAACGUAGGACCUACUCGCAUCCUGCCCUUUCUCUAUCUCGGAUCUCAACACGACGCUAACAACAAACAACUCCUUUCUGACCACAAUAUCCUGUACGAGCUGAACGUAAGCGUGUCGUGUCCUAAGCCUGACUUCGUUCAAGAGUCCCACUUCAUGCGCAUCGCCGUCAACGACAACUUCAGCGAGAAACUUCUCCCUUAUUUCAAUGAUGCUUUUAACUUCAUCGACAAGGUUCGUGAGUCUGGUGGCUGCGUGCUGGUCCACUGUUUAGCGGGUAUCUCACGCUCGGCCACGGUCGCUAUCGCUUAUGUUAUGAAGCAUCUCCGACUUCCCUUUGAUGAAGCUUAUAUGUACGUGAAGACGCGACGUCCGACCAUUUCCCCGAACAUCAACUUCGUGGGCCAGUUGGCCGAGCUGGACCGGCAGCUGCGGCGCGACGCGGGCCAGCGCGACCCGACCUCCGCGCCCAUCCUCUUCCGCAGCCACGAGUCGCACUCGUCGGGUUCGUCCACUGCCUCGAUCUCGUCCUCGGCGGCCUUCGCGUCGACCUACCUGGAGAGGCACGCGUGUUCAGGUCUCCAAAACAACAUGCCCAAGUCGCUCAGUCUCAACCUCCGGUCGACCCUCGAAGCCGUGCCCGCUUCGCCGUCCUCCACACCUCACUCCCCGGACAUGUCGCCCUCCUCGGCGCUGGCUCGACUCAGCUUCGCCUCCGCCCUGGACGAGCUGCACGACGACGGGCUGCCCGCCACGCCCAAGUGCCCCUCGCCCGCCACGCCCAUCUCGUGUCUACCUCCUUCCUCCCCCACCACGGCGAUCAUCCGUGACUCCAAUAGUUCCCCGGUCUUCUCCUACAGAAAGACUUCUAGUUCUUCUUCACCCACGUCCCCUGCCUUCAGCUCCUUCUACAAGAGUAAGGAGGUGUCUAGUCGGACUAGUAGUGACUACAGAAGUGAGGCUAAGAUUACGUCUUUAAAAGAAAGCUUUACAUCUAGUGAUAGCAUUAAGAGUACAAGCGGGUCAACCAGCAAUUAUUACAGUAGUGCCACCUUUAAAGUGGGGGCGGCCGAGGCAGGGAGAGGGGUGGGGGGAGACGCGAGAGGGAGAGAGGAAAAGAAAGUGAGCAAUACUUCCUCCUCCUCCUCCUCCUCCUCUUCUUCUUCUCGGCGGUGUAGUGACGGCGAGGCGCGGCAGGUUUCUGUGUGUGUGAUUGAUGUGAAAAGAGAAAAGUCGCCCGUUAGCUUCGUCCGCAGAGAGCCGCUGGUUGUGCGUGAAACUCAGGUCAUUGCCACGCCAUGUCAUGUGAAACCCGAGGUCAGAUCCGUGCUGGAGGUGCAGCUCGAAGAUGGCCGGCAGAAGGAGGAACACAUCACGGUCAAGGAGGGAACGAGAAAGACAGCCGAGGAGAAAACCUCCAAAGACAAUAACAAAAAGAAUCAGGAAGACAAGAAGGAGGUGCGCGAGGAGUCGGUUCUGACCAUUGAGAACUGCCGGCCGCAGAAGGAGGAGGCUCCCGCGCGGCCGAGGGAGGUCAUCGUCCCCAUACAGAUCGCCGGCGCCAGGGAGGGCCGGCCGCGGGUCCUGGAGCUGAGCGUCCCCUUCAGCAGCCAGAAGCAGCAGAAGGCGCAGCAGAGCCAGCCGCAGCCCGCCACCACCGCGUCCACCGCAUGCACUACCAAAGUACCUGGAAGUGGAGUCUGGUUACCCGAGAGCCCCAGAGAAGCAUCAGUCGCCGGUCCGCCCACGGCAGCCACGCCCAACUCGCCUCACUCGCCGGGCGUGCAGCAGAGUGACUCAGGAAUCAUCGUGGAAGAGGAGAGAGGCGAGAUCCCGCCCAGCCCCCAGCGCCUUCCGCGAUGCUACUCCUCCAGCGAAACGCACCUCAACACCCGCAGGUUGCUGGAGCACCGCAACCCGGACUUCACCGCCAGGAAGUGCUCCAGCUACGACGAGGUGGGCAGGGCGUGGCCCCACAGCCAGCACCCUCAGCAGCACCAGCAGGGCGUGGGGCGCGAGAGCACAACCUGGCUGUGCCCCUGGGAGUUGGCGCGCAGUGACAGCGUCUCGACCAGCGGCUUCGGCUCGGAAAUCUCAGACACGGAUCUCCUGCACGACGACGCCCACUCCACCACGACCCAGGAGGACGCCCUCGGGCCCUACGACGCUGUCUUCGCCGACGUGUUCCCGGGGGAGGCGGUGCCGAAACAGCAGCCCACGACGCCCAAGACCCCGCGGCCCGCGAGUCUCCCCGGGGUCACGGGGGCCUACUUCUCGCACUUUGAGUCAAACGCUGACCCCGGCUUGGACAUGGGCGUCGACAUGGGCCCAGGAAGCGUCGAGCUCCGUCACAGCGGGAGAGGUCGAAUGGGAAUUGAGAAGAAGGACUCGGGCUACUACUCUUUCCUGACGGAGCACCCGCCCGUCAGCCCGCGUACCAUGGGCGAGGGCGUUCGGCACACGACCACAGAUGUGCCCUGGCCAAAGGAACGUCCACGAGAUCUGCGGCUCCAGAUAACUACCCUUUCUGGACCCCACAUUCAUGACACCCCAAAGAUCACCACCACUAUCCCCCGGACACACGCACCGACCCACACCUCGUCGGGGGACACCAGAACCUCUCCGGAAAAGCGCAUGACGCCCGAGAAGAGGAAAAGCCGGGGGAGCAGCACGGAAGAGAAUGAGGAGAAACGCAGGAGCUGUGAGGUGGAGGCUCACCAGUGGACACCGCCUCGACAGACCAUCAACAUAGGCUCAGGCCUAUUGUCCCUGGAGCGUGGAAAAAGGGACCAGCCUCGAACAUUAAGUGAAGGAAACUCUACCUUGCCUGAGACAAAGCAAGAAGUAGGAGUUGGCACAGGUGUUCGGAUGGCACAGGAACUACUUCGCGGUGUGGAACAGCUGCUGGACUCUGAGAUGGGUGAACUGAGAAGGCGAACAGCUGCAAUGUCCUCGCGUUUGAGGUUUUUGGGUCGAAGUGAUGCUUCCUCUGACUGCACAAGCAACAUUAGUAGCCCAAGUAGUACUUCCAGCAGUGGGAACAGUAGCAACAGUGGCAUGAGUGGUAGCAGUAGCGACAACAGCCCAAAGGUUCACACUACACACAUCAUUGUCACCACACUGGAAGACGAUCAGCCGCAGGAGGAGAAGUCAGUGCGAGGUUUGAAGACAGGUCCCCUGCAUGGAGAAUCUGAUCACAUGCCGGGGACUCUAGGGACUGGACGAGCUCGAAGUGAACCUCCUUUUGCGGGUGAGGAAGGCCUUUAUCGCGCCCGGUCAUGCCCGGGACUGCCAAGACCCACGGGAACGUCAGAAGGCAAUGAAACGGUUGCCGCCUUAGUCUCAGAUUUACAGUUAGUGCGCCUCCGUGGCUCUCGUCCUCAGGCAUCAAGAGAAAAAUUCUUUAAUCGAUAUUCUUGCGGAGCUUUAGAUGCUCAGCAAACAACAUCUGCUUCAGCAUUUGAGUCCUGUCCAGACUUUGGCAACCUUCGUCCCUGUGUGCGUGAGGGUGACUCCAUCCAUUCCUCAUCCUCCUCCAUCUCUUCAACUCACUCUUCUUUCACGCGCCUCCUGCAAGUGUCAUGAGUCAUCCUCAAGAUAGCAAAGUUCAAGUGUAUAUUACUUAUAACGGGGUGUGAAAAUCUAGUGCAACAUGUCUUGGUGAGCAUGAAAGCCAUCAAGUUUAAUUUGUAGUUGUAAUUUAUGAAAAAAAGGGUUUUAAGCCAGUACAGAAUAGAACCUUCAGGUAAAAAUUAAGUACCAGAUGUGACUGAUACUUGGCAGCUUGUGCAUGGACCUUGGGUGUUGUUGAAGCAGAUAAGCAGAUAAUUACAUGUGUUAGUGGUGGCAAUGUUAUGCAGUAUAUGCCAUCCUUGUGACUAAACAUGACCCGUUCCUAAAUGUAAGACUUAAUAAGUGCCGCAGAUUAGGUUGAAUAUUACCUGAAAUAUACCACUUGGUGAACACUUUAGUUCAAGAUGCUGGCACACACGUGUAGAUUUUUCUCUGUAUAGUGGUGAGGGCCCCUACACACUAGUCGCAUGCGGAACUGGAGUAGAGAAGCAAGCUUGUAUGAUAAUGAGGAUAUGCAUAUUAUUUUAUUUUAAUAUUUUCAUAGAUAACCUGAUUUGUACAUUGAUAAAAAUAAAAAUGUAGAGAUUAAAUGUUAUAUAAUCAAUAUUGAUGAUGCAUUCAAGGGUAUGUUAUGAAUAUUUUGUUCAAUUAUUCAUACUAAUAUAGCAUUACUACUAUGAAGAAUUGAAGUCAUACAGGUAAUUACACAGGUAACUUAAAAAUAAAGUGUAAGAGAGUACAGGUGACUUCUCUGGCUCUAACGUUGUGGUUUGCAAAUAUCCUCACUUGUUACUUAAUGUUCUACCAGUUUAUUGGGAGGGGCCCCAUGUGUUACAUGUAAAUACCUAGAAUAUAUUUGAAUCACUUUAAAUUAUUAAACUUCAUUGGACUUACCUUAUAGACUCAGGCAGCAAGCAGUACAUAUAAUGCUGAUGUUGUAUAUAGAUACCUAGAUUACUAAUUUUAACAGUAUGGUAAUCCACUAAGAUGACUUAGUUGACAAGACAUGACUGACUGGAGGUGGGAAUAAGACAAGUGAUUGGCCUUAAUUAGAGAGAAAAAAAAAGUUUGCAGAGCACUAAGAUUUAUCAUAUCCCAUGGCAUAUCAAGAGAGCUUUGGCUUUAUAUUUUGAUUUCCCAGAGUCAGUAAAGAGAGUAAAAAGUGUUUGUGUAUUAUUGUACAGGUACUAUCAGGAAGUGUAUUGAUAACUGAUUUUGGGGUUUUAAGAUAUAAACGCUUUUGCUUUUUUCCUGAUCUUGAAGGUAUAUAUUUUUUACAAUAAAUAGUUACAUUGAAUGAUAUACUCUCUUAAAAAAAGUUUAAAUUAAUUUCCUAAAAAUUAUGAAAAGUGUUUACUUAACACCUUUUUUCUGAAUCUUAAGAGUAAAAAAAGGUUUAACAUUCUUUUAAUUGGUUACAAAUACAGUUAUAAAAAGCAUUUGAAAUUGGAAAACGAUAUUUUUGUGAUGGAAGAUGUGUUAACUAGAAUAUGAUAUAAUCUAAAUGUGCAUAAAAUGACUUUACUGAACUACAAGCAUUAGGUCCAACCACUUCCAAGGUAUAAAUUAAGGCCUGCAAAGAAAGCUUGUAAUUGUUGAUAGCAAAUACUAUUCAGUAUUUUUAUUAUUAUUAUUUAAAUCUAAGUUGUCAGUGACUGGCUCGAGUACUUACACAAGCCUUAAACUUAAAAGACCGUGAAAGUCAAAGACAAAAGGCUAGGAGACCGAUGACUAUUUCUUUACUUUGCUAAGCAUUUACCGUAGUCAGUUUCUCAAGUGUAACGUUUUAGUGUUUGUGCGUAUAACACGGGGAUUGGUUACCAUAUUGUAAUUUUAAGUUUGCAACAGCAUUCUUCUUUCCUUUUUUUUCUUUUUUUUUUUAUUUAUUUCCCUUUAACUUUGGACAAAAUUGUAAGAAAGUGGUUAAGUAUAUUUGUAUAUAUUUGUUAAUUAUGCAAGAAUAACACUGUUUGCUUUUCUUAAUAGGUGAAAUAAUUUGGCUGUGAGCUUCGGAAUAUUAUUUCUUGGAGUGAUAUUUCAGAUUUUUGGAAUUGGUAAAGCUGCACUUAUAUCAUUGUAUGUGAAUUCCUGAUUUUUGAUUUUUAUUUUCUUUGUGAUUGAGCCUACGACUGUAUCAUGUAUAUCAAGUUCAACGUAUUGACUACUGGAGGUAUCAUUGCUUUAAGUUGCAGGAUGUUGCAGAAUAAGACAUUUAUGCUCUCAUGAUGCUGUUUGAUCCUUGAUUUGACUGCCGUGUGACUGAUAUGUUCAGUUGGUACUUUCCUUUCUGUUGCUUGUUAUCUCAUAUUUAAGAAAGAGGAUAUUGUAGAAGCAAUCAAAUCUGGAUCAAAGCAUAUUUUGAUAACCAAUUUGUAUGUAUCUUAACCGAAAUGAGGUUAGGAGUUCACCAUUUCCCUUUUAUUAUAAGUAGAAAGACAUUGUGAAAGUAUUCUGUACUUACACAUAAAUCUAAUGCAAGGAAAUAUUCAAAAUGAGAAGGCUUUUUAUGUUAACUCAUUAUUAUUAUUUUUUUUUCCUGUUUUUUCUUUUUGUCCUAUUCCAUCUUACCAUUUGUAAUUCGCAGACUAUAGAGGCUAUGCUUUCAUCAAAGAUCUUUGGACAUUGGCAUUAAAGGUUAAAAGUGAGGCUUUAUUUUAGAUUUAAGUAUAGAAGGUGCCGAGUGAGCUGACGUUUAUCGCUGUUCAGAAAGGACGCUGUGGUAGAGAUGAAGAGGCUCUUUGAUUUCAUCUUUGCUUUCUCGUGUGGACAAGUUGUGAUUUCUUGGUCUGGGGUUAUGUGGGAGAGCAUUGCAAGUCCCCUUGAAAAAAGAUUUGAAAAGCUUAAAUGUUUAAAGCAGAAAAUGAUAUGUGGAUAUGUAUUGAGAGAGGUUUUCUCUUUUUGUGUGAAUUAAAAAGUAAAGAUACAUUCUUGAUAUUGAUGAAAAAAAAUAUAUAUUAUUGGACGUUUUGUAUACUUUACAGAUAAAAAUUAAAAGUAAAGGGAAUUGUUAAUGUUAAUCUUUGGAACAGCAGCUCUAAGCUUGGCAGUGACUUGAGUGUGUAUGUGUGUGUGUGUGUAUCUGUAUGUUCUGUGUAUGUGUAUGGCACAAUUCUAAGAUGGCUUACCAAUUACAUGCCUUGACACUUUGAUUGUUAAUAGGUAAAACCAGACAAUUACCCUCUUCUUAAAUUUAAAGAUAUUUUGUAUGUUAUCUGUAAUGUGUAAUUUUAAAUUCCACAAAAGUUUGUAAGAAGCAGAAAGAAAAAAAAUGUACUUAAAAGGGGUAAGAUGAUUUCAUUACAAUGUUCUGUGUUAAUACACUUAGGGAUUUACUUUGGAAUGUGCUGUUUGUCAUCCCAUAUUUGUUAAAGAGUUUGUGCUUUACACUUUUGUGAAUUUACUGGAAUCAAAAGGUGUUCUGUUAGUUUCCUCUCAAACACAUUCAUUUGACACAUUAACUAAGAUCAAAUUCAUGAGAUCAUUACCCACAGAUUCAUAAGUUAGAAAGAGCAUAGGUACUGCCAUACCAAUGUUGCCAGUGAACACCUUAACAAGGUUUUAGGACAAGGAGAUCAACCACUUUGAUUUCAUAUAUAUAUAUAUAUAUAUAUAUAUAUAUAUAUAUAUAUAUAUAUAUAUAUAUAUAUAUUUAUAUAAUUAUGUGAAUAUGUAUUCUUCUUUACUUUUUUUCUUCAGUUUAGACUUCUCAUAUUUUGAAAUGGGUGCAAUAUUUUAUGGUUUAUAUUUUGGAGUUUAUAUAAUAUAGAAAAGAAAAAACAUGUAAUUGGAUUGAAAUUUGAAAUUAUUUAUAUAUAAAUAUAUAUAUAUAUAUAUAUAUAUAUAUAUAUAUAUAUAUAUAUAUAUAUAUAUAUAUAUGUAUAUGUAUAUAUUUAUGUAUAAAGUAUAUUGUUUCAAAAUUAUUAAAGUAGAGGUUGUCUUCACUGAAACCAAUAUAAGAAAGCACAAUUACUAUUUGACAUGUACAAGACAGGCUCCUUCUGCUGCCUUAUGACUAUGAUAUCAUUAUAUUGGAAAAGAAGAAAUACUUCCUGUCAAACUGCAUUCUUCCUGUGAAACUCUCUAGCUAAAACCUUGCGUGUUAAGGCAACUUUGAGACUUAGCAACUAACAUACCCUCUAUUUACCUUAUCUUUCAUAUCAUACCAUCCUCCAUGAAGCUCUGAUACCCCAUGUUAUAAUAAUUUUUUUCCUUUUUUUUUCCUUAUAAAUGGCUUGAGUUUUUUUUUCUCUCAUUAUAUUUUAUUCAGUAGCCUUUCUUUUAGUCUCAUUAUGGGUUCUGAAUUCAUUUUUUUUGAGCCGAGACCCUUCACAAUCCCCCCCCUUGACUUCAAAUAUGUUUCAUAAACAUAUUUUAGCCCUCCAGUGAAUAUUAGUAUUUAGUGAUUACGUUGAAUAUUUGACAUUAAAAAGAAAAAAAAAAAUCUUGGGCUCAGUUUGUCCUGCACUGUUACGGUUAACACUCAUAUUAAACUUCUUACUGGUGAACAAAACCAGUAAAUAAAAUGUUACAUGACAA